UGUUCCGAUAAUCAGAGUUUGUACAGAUCGCUUCCUCCGAUUUCUCCUUCGGCCGAUCGUAGCCAUGCUUUCCGGCGAUAUUCCUCCGAGUCAGACCAUCUAUAUAAGAAAUCUCAACGAGAAGGUGAAGAAAGAAGAGUUGAAGAGAUCAAUUUAUGAUCUAUUUUCCCAGUUUGGAAGGAUUUUGGAUGUUGUGGCCUUGAAAACCGAGAGACUCCGAGGUCAAGCAUGGGUGGUGUUUAGCGAAGUUACUGCUGCUAGUAAUGCAGUUCGGCAAAUGCAGAGCUUUCCGUUCUAUGAUAAACCUAUGAGGAUACAAUAUGCAAAAACAAAGUCUGAUUGUGUUGCAAAAGCAGAUGGGACUUAUGUUCCUAGAGAGAAGAAGAAGAAACAAGAAGAGAAAGGUGAUUUUCAGAAUUUUAUUAUGAUGAAUUAUUACAGGAUUGCUAAGAUUAUGCGAAGUUUUGUAAAUAAAAUCAUUACCUUCUGUUUUAAAACUUUUUUUUAUUGAAAAUGAG